AACCUCUCCUUCGUCUUGCCUCCUGUAUCUUACUCUCCUACUCGCUUGCUGGUGCUCCUACGUGCUUAAACAAUGGAGAUGUGAUGCGUGCUUACUGCUUAACAUUAUCAUCAUCAGCUGAUGAUAAUACUCCUAUAAAACAAGUACGAGUGGUACCCCGCUGCCUCAGCGCGAAUCACGGGCUUAAGUUGGCUAGCAAACACAUCUCGUCUCUUUUGCCGUUCCGAAGCAAAGCCAAAGCAAAGCAGCCCGUUCGCUCGCUCCGGCCCUUAACCUCCUUCCUUCCCAAGGCAAGCAAAAGCAAAGCAAGCGAGGGCGAGAGAGAGAGAGAGAGAGAGAGAGAGAGAGAGAGAGAGGGAUGGGAGGAGACCUGCAGCGGCGGGGCGGAGCUGUGCGGUUCAGGAUGCCGCGGCGCCGGGCGCUGGCGGCGGGGCCGCCGCUGCUGCUGCCCGGGGCGGCGGCGCAGGGGGAGCGCGGGACGAAGAACAGGAGGAAGAAGAUGGCGGUGGCGCGGCUGGGCGGCGGCCGCGGGGGCUUCUUCGGGGCCGUCCGGCGGCUGCGGAUGCGCUGGGUGGCCGCGGCCUACCGGCGGGCGCUGCGCCGGCUGCGCGCCUUCUACGCCCGGGCGCUCGAGGACCUCCUCGAGGGCGCGGCCGCCAUUAGCAUGAUGCAAUCCAACUACGCCGGCGCCGACUGCUCCUUCGGCACCGCCUUCGCGCCCGCCGUCACCGUCGGCAACCGCUACUGAUGCCGGCCCCCCGGCCGAGGAUCUGAUGGAGCGGGAGAUCGAGCACGCCGUCCAUGGUUACGCUUGUGUUUGCCUCAGCUGCUUGGGAUCAAGCGACGUGCCCCCUCCUUGAUCUGUACGUGUACGUACGUAUAAAUUCUGUUGUUUAAAUUAGCUAGCAUGUUACUACUGCUACUUAAUUUCCAAAUCAGAGGACAGCAGAUGAUGAUUGAUAAACUAAACGAGGAAAGAAAGAAUCAAACUUGUUUUC